GGCCAAGGGGAGCCGAGGCAGGAUGGAGCGGCCCAGACUGGGGCUACAGAGCAGGAGCCGGAGUCUGGGGGUCAGCAGGACAAGAAGUUCGAGUUGCGCAUGAACAUGGCCGGCUUCUCCCCGGAGGAGCUGACAGUGAGGCAGGAGGGCAGGAAGGUGACGGUAACGGGGAGGAGUGAGGAACAAAGCCCUGGAGAGGAUGGAGACAGCUUCCGGGAGUACCGGGAGCUGCGCAGGGAAGUGCUGCUGCCCGCGGGCCUGGACAUGGAGGCUGUGACCUGCUCCCUGUGCUUGGAUGGACAGCUCCGCAUUGAGGCACCGCGCCUGGCCCUGCAGCCCGCAGAGGGGAAAGCCAUUCCCAUCAGCAUCCAGGCGGGAGAGGGAGCCACACAAGGAGACACUGCUGCCAAGGAGGAGAAGGAGCUGGGAAGGGAAGAGGAAAGUGGCAGCCAGAAGACCUGACCCAGCCAGAGCGGGUAACAGCAAGCCCGCUGCCCUGGCCCAGAGACUGCAGCCAUUGCCAGGGUACAUCGCUGCUCUGAACCCUGCAAUCCCUUCCAAGUACAUCAUGACCUGGUGUCCCUCCUGGCGCAGUGACUGGGGGCUGUGCUGAGUCUGUAGCCAUGUUUGUCUCUGGACAGAUCUUUCAUAUCUGUCACAAACCUGGAGAGUGAUGGGGCUUUGGGUUUCAGUACCACUUUAUUGCCAAGUGACAUUUGUCUGGUGUACUGUAUUGCUUAUGUGUCAUGAUGGAAAUAAACCUGUU